AUGAAUGUUGCUUCAGCAGCACGUCCACAUUAUUUUCGACUUUUCCAAUCCAUUGGUAAUGUGAAAGACGGUGUGAAAAAAAUAUGUUUUGUCCGUGCGGAUGCUUUAGUGCGUACAGAAAUGCUUCGUUCUUCGAAUUUGACGCGAACUGAAAGUGCAGCGUUACGACCCAUCGAAAGUUGUCUUCGUGAAUUAUUGACUCUUUGGUUUUGUCAAAGCAAUUUACGCUUGCAGCAAUUGACAAUUGAAUCACCUGGUGAUAUCCUUGACAAAGUUAUGAAAUAUGAAGCUGUUCAUCCGAUAUCCGGUUUGAUAGAUAUGAAACGUCGUCUUGGCCCUAAUCGACGUUGCUUUGUGUUUAUGCAUGAAGCUAUGAAUCGUGAACCAUUGGUGGUUGUUUAUGCUGCACUUAUGAAAAAAAUUGCCAGAAGUCUUGAAAAUAUAAUGAAUGACGCCGAUAUAUGUGAAGAUGAAAGCGCAAGUGAUACAGCUAUGUUUUAUUCGAUAUCAUCAACACAAGCAGGUCAUGCUGUCAGGUUGCGUGGUAUCGAUUUGGGUAAUAUGUUGAUCAAACGGGUAAUUGCUGAAAUUUCAAACACCAAUCCGCAUAUACGUGUAUUUGCGACCUUAUCACCUAUGCCUCAUUUUCGUACCUGGCUUUUACGGUCCCUUAAAUGUGUGGCACCAUCUGGCGAUAUAAUUGACGAAAGGUUGUUGACGAUGUGUGAAAAAAAUGAAUUCUUUAAAGGCGAUAUCAAAAUAAUCGAGCUCGUACGAUUGUUCUUAUUGGAUCAUUUGAAUAAAAUUGAUGUAAAUAAACAUGAAGAAAUUUUCGAGAUUCUUUUGCAUUUAGCGGUUCGAUAUUUGUUGGAAAUAAAACAUUCUGGUACAGGACGUGUUUUUGAUCCCGUCGAAAAUUUUCAUUUACGAAAUGGCGCGGAAAUUUAUGCCGUAAAUUGGAAGGCUGAUACAACAAGAAGAGGAAUGGAAAGCAGUUAUGGUGUGAUGGUCAAUUAUAUAUAUCGAUUAGAUCAGUUUGGUGGUUAG